UCCAGGGAUCAUCCACCAAUGCCGCAGGUUAUUGAGCACGCCGAGCUUCCUGAUUGGAGUAACAAGAUGAUGAACAACUCUACGCCCUAAGUGCUGCUAAGUGAAGAUACAGGCGUAUGAUGCUGCAGGUGGAUGGCCCUCAAAGUCACUGCGCGCUCAUGCAUGCUGUACGCGGGGUGAUCGCAGAGGUCCAGAUCUGAUAUCUAAUCGUUUCUGACUGUUGUCGUCCCUUUAGAUGUCAUGUGAGCAGCCUUCAUGAACUGGGGAGCAUCUUGUAUUGUUUUCUGACGCAUCAUGACCCCGGGAGACUCUCCAGCUCUGUCCGGAAAGUGCAUGUCAGAGCGACAAUGUUCACCAACCUGACCACAGAGGUUGCAAAUGUAACGGAUGCCUAUUCACCAACGAUCGACAGAAGCACGGCGGGCUCCUCUAAUGGCGCAGUAACUCUGUCACCAUCGGUCGUUUUCGAAACCCCGUUCUUUCCUUCCUCCACCUUAGCGGAGAAUGUCACGGCCACCCCUGUCAACUUCACCAGCUCGCCUCCUGCCCUCCCGGCCGAUCAGGACAUCACGGAGUACAAGCUGGUCGUGCUGGUCACCGGCGGAAUCGUCAGCGGUUUUACGGUACUCGUCAUCGUGUCGCUGGCACUGACGUUUUGUUUACAGAAAGACCCGUCUGAAAACCAGGCGCUGGACGCGGCUCUCAGCGUCAACAUCGACCCGGAGAAAAUGCUGAACGGCUCCAGGAAGCGAAAACCGUCGCGGAAAGGGCCGGUAUCGCGGCUACAUUCAGACGGGAGUACUGUGCGAUUUUGGAGAAAUUCCAGCGCGAACUCCGGCCGCAGUAUCGAGGAGUUGGGUGAAGAGACGAUCCAGGGAGUGGACAACCUGGGCAUGGAGCCAGUAUCGGAAAUGACCGAAAUGUCUGCCAAACCGGGAAACCAUGAUGAGGACACCAGGAGUUUGUCAGCAGUGAAGGUGGAAAUUUGUGAGCUUAACGGCGAGUCUGUAAAGCAAGGAUCGGACGGGGACAGCGGAGUGAGCAGUACGGGAAGCGGUAGGGCUGCGGAUAAGGAUAGUCGGAGGGUGCUAGGUUGGAUUGAAAGCUAUUUAUAACCAGAUGGGUAGCCUUAUCAUUAACACAAUUUAGCAAUUUGUUUCCAAUACAAUAAGACACAAGACUUGACAAAGAAAUUAAUCUUUUGUCCCAAAUGCCGAUCUCUUGUAUUUGUUACAUGUCUAUAUUACGAGAAAGGUAUGUUACACUCUUUUUAUUUUGUUUAUAAAAUGUACUGAACUUCCAGUAACAUGAAUGGCAUUAUUGAUCUCUCUUGAUGGCUUAAUGUUGGCUGUCCAGAGCCGAUAGAUGACAGGUGUACUAGAGAACAAUAGAAGAGCAUCGGCUCAUUUUACAGUACCCGCUGUUCAAAAUACAUCCUCUCGUGUUACCCGAUGUAAAAACCAUAAAAUAUUCAUGUCGAUGGCUUCCAAUUUUUUUUCUACAUAUGUGAGCCUUUUUGUUGCGCGAGCUGCAAUUGUUCUCUGGAUGUAGAGACACGCCAUCCAUAGUGUACUGUAAACACAGCAGGGGAGAAAUCCGCCUGUGGUUAGGUAGUUGUGAUUAUAAGAAAACAACAACGAAAUGACAUACCCAGCUGUAUUUUACCACAAGGUGAAUGUACAUUUCCUGUAUGAACUUCGCGAGCUUCCAUCUAAAACAGGAUUUACACGUACGUAAAUGACGUCGAUAACAACCUCACCCCGUCCAAUCAACCUCUAAACUCAUACUGUAAUUCCUGAUUUUU